UGCACCAAACACUCGCCCUGCCCGCCCCUUUUGUAGCAUGUAAAGCUAACGGUUGUUUGUUGUUGUUGUUUUGACACUUAUUGUUUACAAAAGCGACCACGGACAUCAAAACAACAUGGACUCAAAGGGACCUUCGCUGUACACAGCCGGCCCCUCAGUAGAUAUGUCACGGAGCCUCGAUGAAGACUCUUUGGUGGACGGACCUCUGAUCUCUGCUGACGCCCUUCACUCUGCCAUCAGGAGAGAGUUUCAGACUGUACCAACACCCUGCCACGCUGGCCUGCUGUCUCUGCUGCAUGUUGUGUACGUUGUGUUGUCAGUGUGUGUGGCGGUAAUGUGUGUGUUGAAAUUUGGCCAAGAGCAGGUGUGUAUGAGUAUUUUGGGUGACGUGCGAGGUGACAGUGUAAUUCUGUUUGGGAAGGUGUGUUUAUGGGUUUUGGUGCUGCUGUUCACUGGGUGUGCUCAGCACCACCACAACCGGGCCAGGAGCAGAGGAUACCUACGCUUCUACCGACAGAUGCAGGGACUGAAGCACCUCCCGCUCACCGUACACUCUGCAGGUAAUGUUCUGCUGCUGGUUGUCCUGGCUGCCCAGUUAUCACUGACUGUGCACACCUACAUGCUGCUCAGCAUCCUGGGGUUGGAGCUCUUGGUGGCGUUGCCGUGUCUGCUCUAUUACACAGUUAAAGUGAUGCAGUUCAACAGAGAGCGAGCUGCACCAGAUGUGAGCCAAGAAGAACAUUCACACAACUUUAGUAUCACAAGCCUGCCGACUGAGACCGGCUUCAGAGAGGGCUCCAGUCUGGAGGAGGUGGUGGAGAAGCAGGCCGACCUGAUAGAGUACCUGAAACAGCACAACACCUUACUGAGCAAGAGGCUGCUCAACCUCACCGCUCAGCACUGACCACAGCCCGACCUCCUCCUCCUCCUUAUGCUCUCUUCACACGGAGGAAGAGGGGAUUCUGUGGGGUUUGAAAGAGAGGCCAGAAGCAAGAAGAAAACACUGGAUAAAAGACUAAAAGAGAAAAGAAAUCCCUGUGCACACAAGCACCUGCGUGCACAGAUUUAAGACGCGGAGGGUUUCAUCCUCACCUGAGAUGGACAGAUAACGCAGGAGGAGGUGAGCUGUAAGUGGACAGUUAAAGAGGAGGAGGAGGAGGAGGAGGAGGGAAGUCAUGGGUCACAGAUCAGAGGUGAGGGGUUUUUAUCACUGUCUUACGACCCCCAGUGACCCGUAUGUGCUGCCGCUUGUGUCACUGUGAGUGAAACAGAAGAGGCCGAAUUGUUUUAGAGAUUAUCUGCACUAAGGAAGAGAGUCGGAGCUACAGGGGGGAGGGAGAGGUUAUCACUCAUCAGGGUCAAAUCAACAGUUGUUCAAGUGCUAUUUUAUGUCUGAAUGUGCUUUAUUUGGUAGCAGGUUAUUUUUUCCUCUAUUUGUUCAAUGAGUGUAUUUGUGAUCUGAUUCCAAUAAAUAUUUAAUAUUGUCA